CAUGACUAAAAAGAAAAAAGGAUGUGCCAUAAGAAAUUACUCCAACUUGCAAAGUUUAAUAAGUGAAAAUGUAUUAAAACAACAAAAUAUAUACAAAAUAGCUCUUUCUUCGCAUGAAAAGCUUGAAAGGCUUCAGUGAAGCUGCCAAACAGCAAGUAGAAAUUAAAGCAAGAAAUAAUAAAAAAAUUUAAUACGAACUACUUCCAACUGAACUAACUUAAUUAAAGCCCUAAUAAAUGCGAACAGACAAAGCGCACUCAAUUAAACGAAGAAGGCGUAAUUUCCGAACGCUCAAUACACAUACAUAUCCACUAACAUAAACACGAUACACCAGCAGCAACAACAACUACAAGUCCAGUACGAGAUAAUGAUGUGCGAGGAAAUUGAACGCGCCGCACAUACGCAAUACCAAAUCAAAUUGUGUUGAACAUACCAAUAAAGGCAUACCGUUAGCAUAUUUCAAUUAACUUUGGUUUACGUGCCGAAAGCCUCAAAGUAGGCAACACAAUUCGGCCACAAAACAAAGACAAACAAAAUCACUGCACGCGCUCACAAUGAAAAUGACACCAAAAUGCGAACCAAUGCUGUGGCGAGUUUUAGUUUAUCUCUUUGUUGCUGUCGUUGCCUUGCUGCCCGGCAGUUGUCGGCACUCGCCGCUGGCUGCCGCAACAAUAGCGCAAUUGAACGCUGACCGUGAGCUGGACAUUGGUGAGACAGUGGCAGCAGCUGGCGAAGAUCUUGCCGAGUUAAUGAGCUAUGCAAGUGAAAAUGAUGAAAGCGCGACCAACGAACAAGUCGUCGGUGAUAUUAGCGAACAGUGGGGUGCAGCGGCGGACGCGGCCACCGAAGCCGAGUCCGAAUUUCGUUGGCAGCAGAUAAAAACUAGGAAAACGGAGAACUUCAAUGGACAACUGAAGCAGCCGUUGGCUGUUGUGAGUAGCAGAAUUGCUGAAGAGCAAAUUAAGCCAGCAAAUGUGAAUAGACACAGCGAAAGUGGGGAUUUGAAGCAACCGAAUAGGCCCUUGUUAAUCGGAAAAGUAGUGCACAGCUCAUCAACGCUGCCGGUUGUCACCGCACAUCACCAUAAACAGCAGAGAGCAGGGCAUCAUUUGCGGCAACCACAAGAGGAUUUGCCGCCCAGUCGCUGGGAGCAUAAGUCGCCAGCAGGAGGAGCGCAGGCUCAUCAGCAGCAGCACAAACACAAGCGGCAUGGCAGUAAUGCAAGGCAUGUGAGGCUGCAACAUUGGAAAUACAAACACAAAGCGAAGCAUCACAAACGCAUGAAAUAUGCGAGAAACAAUGUGCAAGCUCCAAGUGAUGGACGGCACUGGCAGCACAAGCACCAGCGGCAGGAGAGCCAAUCGAAGCAUAAGCACAGCGCAGUGUCAGGUGUGGCCAAACAAUUGCACACUGAUGUGGAGGCAAACAACAGGGCAGGUGAUGAGUUGGAAUUACCUUCUUUGCCGUUUGCUGAGACACACGUUUGGCAUUAUCAGAACGACGACGCCAAUAAUGAAGACAACUCAUUGUGGCACACUGCUGUUGCAGGCAGUGGAGAACAGCGAAGGCUUACGCAUACGUGGGAAUUGAGUGAUGACAUGAGCUUACCAGCAUUGUUGCCUGAAAGUACGCUUCUCAGAAAUUACACCUAUCUAGUUACGUCCAAACCAGCUAUGCUACAACAACCAACACCAAGCCGCCAACAUCCUUCUGGCCAAAGCGCGCUGCAUACAAAACUAACACAACAUAAACUUCCACUUCCGGCAACCGAGACAACAACUAAACAGCGCAACGCCGCCUCUCAUAUAAGGCUACCGCAGCUGCCCACACCAGCCACAUACAAGCACGAGUCCGUCUUCACAGACCACAAUAAGUGGCAAAGCUAUGCAGCAGAUGCGGAGCUGCACGCUGCGCCACGUUCGGGACGCCAUCGCGGUCGCUACACUGCAUUGCCAACGCUUGCUCAGCUGCCAUACAACGGCCGCAACGUUGGUGGUGGCAAGGUAUUUCGUUCGCUACCCGAUUCGGAGGAUUUCAAUUACGAUCAACACGUGCAGCGCAUGUUGGCAAUACAACCGCAACGGCACUGGCCCGUGAAGCGCGAGGCUAUCGUCGAGGGAGACGUCAUACUCGGCGGCCUAAUGAUGGUGCACUCACGUGAGGAUACCGUUAUGUGCGGCCCAAUAAUGCCACAAGGCGGCAUUCAGGCGCUCGAAGCAAUGCUCUACACCAUCGAUCGCAUCAAUGAGGCGAGUCUGCUGCCGAACAUUACGCUCGGCGCGCACAUACUAGACGACUGCGACAAAGACUCGUACGGUUUAGAGAUGGCGGUGGAUUUCAUAAAGGGUUCCAUUAGCAAUAUUGACGAUGCCGAGUACCACUGCAACAAGACGCAGGUGCGGAAGGUAAUUUCCGGCGUAGUUGGCGCUGCCUCUUCCGUAACAUCCAUACAAGUGGCGAACUUGCUUCGCCUGUUUCGUAUACCACAGGUUUCUUUCUUCUCGACCAGUCCGGAAUUGAGCAACAAGCAGCGCUUCGAAUAUUUCUCGCGCACGAUACCCUCCGAUCACUACCAGGUCAAGGCGAUGGUGGAGAUCGUCAAACGCAUGGGCUGGAGUUACGUCUCAAUCAUAUACGAAGAGAGCAACUAUGGCAUAAAAGCCUUUGAGGAGCUGGAAGAGCUGCUGGCACGUCACAACAUCUGCAUCGCUGUCAAGGAGAAGCUCGUCAAGGACUCCGGCGUCGCCGAGGAGAUCGCCUACGAUAAUAUUGUGCAGAAGUUGCUGACAAAGCCACGUGCCAGAGGUGCCAUUAUAUUCGGCUCGGAUCAGGAAGUGCGUGAGGUGAUGCGCGCGGUGCGGCGCAACAAUGCGACUGGUGCCUUCUCGUGGAUCGGCUCGGACGGUUGGAGUGCGCGCAACCUGGUAUCCGACGGCAAUGAGCCGGAGGUUGAGGGCACCUUGUCCGUGCAGCCACAAGCGAAUCCUGUGAAAGGUUUCGAGGAAUACUUUCUAAACUUAACGGUGGAAAACAAUCAACGAAAUCCAUGGUUUGUAGAAUUCUGGGAGGAUCACUUCCAAUGCCGUUAUCCCGACAGUCUGAGUACACCAUACAACAAUUACAAUCGCACUUGUACUACCAAAGAGCGCCUCUCCAAGAACACAGACUUCGAAGAUCAGCUGCAGUUCGUGAGCGAUGCGGUGAUGGCAUUUGCAUAUGCGCUACGCGACAUGCAUCGCGACCUCUGCGGCGGCCGACCCUCGCUUUGCGAUGCCAUGAGACCCACCAAAGGUGCCGACUUACUCAAAUACUUGCGCAAAGUGCAGUUUCAGGGCCUCAGCGGUGAUCACUUUCGCUUCGAUGGCAAUGGCGAUGGUCCAGCGCGUUACAAUAUCAUUCAUUUCAAGCAGUCAGCGGAGGGCCUCUACCACUGGGUCAAAGUAGGUGAAUACUACGAGGGUGAACUACGCCUGAAUAUGACAGAGGUCCAAUUUAAGCUGUUGCAUCCGAAGCCACCUGAGUCCGUCUGCAGCUUGCCCUGCGAACGCGGACAGGCCAAGAAGUAUGUGGAGGGCGAGAGCUGCUGCUGGCAUUGCUUCAAUUGUUCAACCUAUCAAAUACGCCAUCCCAUCGAUGAGACACAGUGCCUAACGUGCCAAUUGGGCACUUUGCCCGAUGCCAGCAAGCAGUUCUGCCAGACAAUACCGGAAGUCUACUUGCGGCCCGAAUCAGCUUGGGCAAUUGGCGCGAUGGCCUUCAGUGCCACCGGCAUUUUGGUCACGCUCUUUGUUGUUGGCGUGUUUGUGCGCCACAACGACACGCCCAUUGUGCGCGCCUCUGGCCGGGAGCUCAGCUACAUACUACUCGCUGGCAUAUUAAUGUGUUAUGCAGUUACAUUUGCUUUGGUGUUGAAGCCGACGAAUAUAGUGUGCGCCAUACAACGCUUCAGCGUCGGCUUCUGCUUCACCGUUGUUUACGCCGCGCUGCUCACCAAAACCAACCGCAUAGCGCGUAUCUUCAAAGCGGGCAAACAAUCAGCGAAACGACCUUCGUUCAUAAGUCCCAAGUCACAAUUGGUUAUCUGCUCGUUCCUAAUUUUCAUACAAAUUCUCAUUAAUGGCGUUUGGAUGGUGAUUGCACCGUCGCAUGCCAUGUACCAUCAUCCGACACGCGAGGAUAACUUGCUCGUCUGCGAUUCGUACAUCGACGCUUCCUACAUGAUCGCAUUCUUCUAUCCCAUCGUUCUGAUUGUAGUCUGUACGGUGUAUGCGGUGCUGACGCGCAAAAUACCAGAGGCAUUUAACGAGUCCAAACAUAUCGGAUUCACCAUGUACACCACUUGCGUCAUCUGGCUGGCGUUUGUGCCGCUUUACUUCGGCACCGCCAAUCAUGUGCCGCUGAGGAUAACAUCGAUGUCGGUGACGAUAAGUUUGUCGGCGAGCGUCACGGUGGCGUGUUUGUUCUCACCAAAGCUGUACAUAAUACUUAUAAGGCCCGAACGCAACGUGCGGCAGAGCAUGAUGCCGCCGCGCUAUGGAAACAUGCACCGCGCGGGCACCGGACCGUCUUCUAUGAUGGCGGCCGCCGUGGUCACAGCCGCUACAUGUGCGCAAGAGGAGAAAAUACAAAAGCAUAUCACACCAACUAAUACAGAGCACAGCACCAAGGCGAAGAAGCUCUGUGAAAUGGCAACACAGACCAUCACAAUAACGAAUAUCUUCACCAAUUUGGACAGCAUCGCCUACAGUCAGAUCCCCUAUGCGGAUCAGUAUGUGCCAAACAACAAUCAUCAGCAACAGCAUGAGCAACAAAGCCAACAAUCAUUACACCACCACCCACUAGCCGCCAACAGCGAAGCUGAAGUGGUAGCGAAUAAUAAUAAAAUCAAUCAAUUGCAACAUGGCAACCCUAGCGCGCUGGCGCACGCCACAAACACCGCCACCGCUGCAGCGACUACAACCAGCACAGCGGCCACGUCGGCCACAGCAGUUGCGGCCAUUAGCACAGCCGCAUCGCCACCAACUUUGCAUGCGCUAAGCAACCAUGUGAUGUUGCAGCAACAUGUUGCGCUGCACAACUGCAGCGAUAGUGCGACUAUGUGCAGUGAUAGCGGUCGACCACAACUGGAGACAACGAAUUUAUAGCCCAAAGCGCCGCUAACCAAUGCUGUCAGCGCUGGCGCUGCAUUAGCAACCGCAAAAGCCAUCGAAUUGAAAGCACAUGGCAUGAAUUAUGUGCUGCAGCAAGAAAUCGCCUGUGAUAGCUGUGCCGCACCGCCAGCACAAGCCAAGGCCGGUGAGUGUAAUAAGCACAACAACAACAAUGCCGGCAAUCACGCUACCACACAACACACGCUCACCAAUAACAACGGCAGCGGCAACGUGGAUGGAGACGGUGCAGCAGACCGCACCACUGCCAUCAGCAGCAACACAGCCAGCAAUUGCAGCAGCAGCAGCAGCAACAGCAAUAGCAGCAGCAAUGGCGGCAACGGCAGCACGCGGACCGGCAGCAAAAAGCGCUGCGCCAUACCCGUGUGAGAGUGCGCGCACUGGCCCUAGGCGUGCAACAUUGGCAGCGCAAUAAAUUGCUGAAUUGCUGCCACUAGAGGAUAUAAAUAUAUUUGUAACUGUAAGUAAGUACCAAAAAAUAGUUUAAGCCAAACAUAUUUCUUUUCGAAGAGUUCAUAACUGACUGCUUAUGAUUUAAGUUUAAGGGUUUUUGUGGGUAGCGGCUCUUGCAAAGGCAUAGGGAGGCACAGAGGGUUUAUACUUUAGCGGUUCCAAUGAAAUUACAAUGAAUUUAGCUAGUUAAGAUGUGCUAUUAGUAUAUUAAGUUAGUUGAAAUUGUAAAUAAGCAAGUUAGUACACUACUAUAUAGUAAUUAUAAGAGUAUGGCAGUGUUUUAUACUAGCAGGUUUGGUGCAAAACUAUUUGGUUACAGAGUUAUGAGGAAAAAUUAGAGUGAGUUCAAGGUUAUAAGAAAUAUAAUCGUCAUUUAUUAUUAAAGUUCCAUAACUAAAAAAUUUGUAACUUCUUAUUUUGUUCUAAUUAAGCGGUUGAGAAUUGGAACAGCUAACAGCUGUUCGCACGAAAUGUGCGCGACACGCCUAAAACUAUGUUUGUUGGCGCACCGCUGUGGCCUCAACAGCUUAUUUUCACUUACUCUACUACCUUUCUCUUCAAGUAUCUAACUCUUUUGCUUUUAUUAGAUUUUUUCUCAACGAUUUCUCAACUCUAGUUUAUAAAUUUCAUGUUAUUUUAUUAUUUUUUGUUAUUCUUUUUUACAAAUUUAGUAAAAAUACUAAUCAUAGUUAAGAUGGCGCUAACAUGUGAUAUUAUUUAGAACCAAAUAUUAAGUAUUGAGGCCAAAUGUAUCAAUGUAUGUACAUAUGUUAAGAAACAUAGUUUUAAGCCUUUAUUAUUAAGUUAGUUAAGUUCACGGCGCAAACCUAAUUUAUAGUUAAUUUUUAAAUAAAAAAACGCGAUUUUGUUACAAAAGGGAUAGCAACUAGUAUAAGUAAAUAAAAGAUAAUAGAUUUUAUAAAUCAUGUACACUACAAUAACAAUAUUAUCCCUUCUGCAACCUAAUCAAACGCUCUAUUGCUUGGCCAAGUGCUUACGUGUCACCUGUGCGCAGUAGAGGCAACUAAAUUUAUUACGUUGUUUGAGCCCAGCAACAUAAUGAAUUCAUUUGCAAAUAAACUCAACGUUAAUGGAAGCCAAAAUAGUUUAGUUUUUCUCAGACUGAAGCACGCUUUUAUUUGUUAUAAAAUAGUUUAGUUUUUCUCAGUCGCAAAGCAGAGCUUUCACAUACGAAAGCUUUCAUAUACGAAAGCUCGUUGAAAUGCCUAGAACUGAAGCACGCCUUUAUUUCUUAUAAAGUAGUUUAGUCUUUCUCAGUCGCAAAGCAAAGAUCAUGUAUAACAGCAGAGCUUUUACAUACGAAAGCUCGUUAAAACUCGAUCGUUUCUUUUCUUAUAAAAUAGUUUAGUCUUUUCAGUCCUAAAGCAGAGCUUUCUCAUACGAAAGCUUUCAUAUACGAAAACUCGUUGAAACGCCGAGAGCUGAAGCACGAUUUUAUUUCUUAUAAAGUAGUUUAGUUUUUUUCAGUCGUAAAGUAAAGCUCAUGUAUAACAGCAGAGCUUUCACAUACGAAACGUUGUGAAACGUCUGGAGUUGAAGAACGCUUUCAUUUGUUACAACUUAUGAGCUUUUCAACUCAUUUCAAGGGUUUUUAGUUAACUUCCUUAGAAAUGUUAAUUGCAACUACAACAAAAAUAUGCCUUUCCAGAGAAAAAACUAUGUAUGUAAUAUUGUAUAUUGUAAUACUCUAAAUAAAGUACACUAGAAAUUUAUGACCGUAAAUAUUAAAGCAUUAAAAGCUGUACUAUAUUUUUCCUAGAGGGUCAGCUUAAUUAAUUAAUUUUAGUAUAACUAAUUACCCAUAGAGAUGUAAGAUAAGGCAAAACAAGCAUUGUAGUUAACCGUAGUUCUAAUAGCUAUUAUAAAUUAAUAAUGAAAUGAUUUAUAGCAGACAAACUCAUGACCAAAAAUAAUCAAGUAAUUAUGCAAAUUGAUUACAGAGCAAAGUAAAUAUUGAAAAUUCUAAUGAAUUUCGAAAGAAAGAAACCUCGUUACACACAGUUGAAUGUUUCUACGUAAAUAUGUUCAAGCCCAUGUAAAUAAAUAAUGCUUGCAUAUACGCUGUACAUAUGUAUACACGUACAUAAACUAUUUGUAUGGAAGUAAGUACCUUAAAUUUAUGCAUUAACUAUGUAAAUGUAAAUUGUUUAAAGUUACUCAAAUGGAUAAGCAUGCAAGUAACGGUUAGCAAAUAAAUUUCCACACAUUCUAGAAAAUAUGUAGCAUAUGAAAUAUUGAAAGCAAAACAAGUGAAUUAAUAUUCUGAAUAAAAUAAUGAAACAACUUAAA